AUGACCUCCUAUCAAGGAGCGGCAGAAGCCUCUCAUAUACUCACCCCACCGUUGUCUUCAUCUCAAAACGAGUCUUCUAAGAUCGAAGUUAUGAGAAAAGCCUUUGAAAAGAUUUACAUGUUGGACUCGAAAGAAGUCUUCUUGCCCUCUGGUGAGUAUGUGGAGUCGUUCGAUAGUUCACUGGAUGAUACCAGUUCAUGGGAUGGUAUGGCUUCCACUGUGGAUGUGAUCACCAGCAAGCCCGAAUGGCUGCUUCGCGAAUCGGAGCUGGAUGUGGAUAAAUCCCCUGAACCUCCUAAAUUGUCUAAGCCUCCUUGUGAAAAGAAGGCUGUUAAAAAGCCGAAAAAGAAAACUGCUGGAAAGGCUAACGGUGUUGGGAUGGUGCUGCGUUAUGACGCCGCAUACAGAGUCUGGAUAGUUUUUAUGGAGAGAAAGUUUCAACAAGAGGGUCUCCGUCACGUAUUUCUGUAUGCAAUGGGUGACAAAAAAGAUAAGACAUUUGGGCCGGGUUCUGAAAGGAAGGCUUUGAAGAUCCUUAUUGAAAAUACGGCUGAUAGGUAUCACUGGAUGAUGUGGGGGACAUCCUCAGCGGUGUGGAUCAUUCGGGCUUUGAAGAGAAAAUGUUCUCCUGAGAACCUUGAAAGGGAGGCAUACUCCUCACUUGUGUCGAUGAAGUUUGGUGAUUUGGUUCGUCCGAGGUCAUUCUUUGAAAAGGUGAGAGUGUUGUCUGCUAAUCUUGGUGAUGAUUGUGACCUUCGCGAUGAAAGCAAGCUGGUCAGCUUUCUUGUCAAAAAAUUCCCCGAAGGUUAUGAGGGAUUUGGAAAGGGUAUAUCUAGAGGAUCACUGGAUGAUCUAGAGAAAUUUGUGACUGAGCGUUGUACUGCCAGGAAGCUGGCUCGUCGUUCAUGA